AUGAGUAGUGGCAGUUCUGCGUCGCGCAAGGGCACGCGGCGAGCAUGCGAUCCUUGCUCUGUCAGGAAAGUGCGCUGCGACGGCAACCAACCCUGUUCCCGAUGUGAAGCCGCAAGCUGGGAAUGUACCUUUCUUAAGACGCAUGGGAAAUCCGGCCCCAAGGGCCCUCGUCGAACAACAGAAGCGGCUAUCAGGAGAUUGCAAGAGCGCAGCAAGAGCAGUCAAGAUGGCAUUGGGUCGAGGAGUAACAGCGAGGCAAGCUUCGAUCCGGGAAGUCCGAGCCCUACCGAAUACACAUACAUCGAUCAACUGCCAUCUAUAGACGACGUUGGAAUCGAGUCAUUAGGAUGGCCUGAUACCAUGGGUCCCGCGUUGCCAACCGUGUCAAGCCAACCUCAACGGAUCUCUACGUCCUGUAUCUCCCAAUACCUGGAUGUCUACCAGACGCGAGGAUACGGUAUCUGGCCUGUCGUUGAUGCGGAGGCCCUGACCGCACGUCUCCUCACUCAUCCGGAUGACGUGGAAGCUUACGCUCUGGCCACCGCCAUUUCGGCUGCCGUUGUAAGCCAGUUCUCUAUCGACGCCGAGCCAGGCAGCCCAGUCGAAGGACACUACCGUGUUUCAAGUGGUGUCUUCGAUGCAGAGGCGAGGCGUAUGCGCGAUGUAGGCGACCACCUAGAACACACGACAUUCUUUUCGAUACUGGGUAGUUUUUUUCUACACGUCUAUUCUGCGAAUAUCGGCCGAAUGAACGCCUCAACUGUUUACCUGGGAGAAGCGAUUACGAAAGCACAUGUCCUCGGGCUGCACAAGCCUUCUUACUACGAGUACAUGAGCCCUGAGCAGGUGCAACAGAAUUUGAGACUUUAUUGGCUUCUGUUCAUCACCGAGAGAGCCCAUUCGAUACAGCACGAUGUACCCACAACACUGAAGCGAGCGCCGGACCUACCGCCAUUGGAAAAUCUGAACGACGGUUUGGUCACUCCAGCGUUCAUACAGCUCUGCCGCCUCUUCAACAUCUUGGACGUUACCAUUACAGCGGAUCCUUCGUCAGCUAGGAGCGCACUUGCACUGGCUCAGCAGGAACUCAGUAGCGAUGAAGCGCCGCUAAGCCUUGAGAACGAGCUGCAACGGGCUGACAUAUCUAUGACACAGCAGUGGAUGCGUAUCUUUUUAUGGCAGCAUGCACUCAACGUCACAAACCUGAGCAGCAUGCACAACGAUAACGAAUUCUCCUUUUCAUUCCCAGCACAAGUUGCGCAGAACGUUCUAUCGAAUCUGAGUAGCCUGUCUCAGCAGAGUGUAGAGGCUCAUGGACCAGGCAUGGAGUCGAAACUCUUCGAUGUUGCCAACUCACUAGCGGACGUGAUGAUUAUCAUGCCUGCCAUGAACCAUGAAUCGCAUUUCGGCAUUGGCCCACGUGAUCUCAUCCAUUCUCUUUCGCAGGUCCUUUCCAGCUUCCGAGGCGGAAAUCCCGCGGUUAUCAGCAUCCUCCAGGACAAGUUGACGCAGCUCGGUAUGACAGUCGGCUCACCCCAGAAGCUGCUCGAGCUGUCUUCACCAGAGGAAGAGAAGGAUGAAUGGCACGGUGAACGGUCGAUGUCCGCGCCUUCCACCUACAGCCCGUCGUAUCCUUCCGGUACACCGAUAUCGCCAUAUCCUCCUAACAUAAACAUCGGCAGUCAAUCUCCUCCGUUUCCUUCCAACAUGAGUAUAGACAGCCAUUACUGA